CAGAAGAACACGAGACCCAAGAACAAAAAAAAAAGAGAUCCCAUUUUUCACAAAAUGCUCACGACACCUCCACGAACCUUUGUCUCUGUCCCUUUCUUCUUCUUCCUCCUCUUCUUCUCUCUACCUCUCUCAUCUCUCUCUCAACCAUCUCCUUCCUCGUCCAACUCUGUAUACAACUCUUUCCUCAAGUGUUUCUCCGAGAAGACGAAAUCUCCACAAUCCCAAAUCACUGACAAUGUCUUCUCUCAGAGUAAUCCUUCUUUCUCCUCUGUCCUCCGUGCUUACAUCCGCAAUGCGAGGUUCAACACUUCCUCUACUCCAAAACCCACGAUCAUAAUCACUCCUCGCUCCGAGAGCCACGUCAGCGCCGCCGUCACUUGCUCAAAAACCCUAAAUUUCCUCCUCAAAAUCCGAAGCGGCGGUCAUGAUUACGAUGGUCUCUCUUACAUUUCCGAUAAACCCUUUUUCAUACUCGACUUGUCGAAUAUCCGUGAUGUCUCUGUAGAUAUCGCCUCGAAUUCGGCUUGGAUCUCCGCCGGAGCGACUCUUGGAGAGGUUUAUUAUCGGAUUUGGGAGAAAAGCAAAGUCCAUGGAUUCCCUGCCGGAGUUUGUCCGACGGUUGGUGUUGGUGGGCAUUUAAGCGGCGGUGGUUACGGUAACAUGUUGAGAAAAUUCGGAUUAUCUGUGGAUUACGUUGAGGAUGCGAAGAUCGUCGAUGUAAACGGUCGGGUUUUAGAUCGGAAAGCAAUGGGUGAGGAUCUUUUCUGGGCAAUUACCGGAGGAGGAGGAGGGAGCUACGGCGUCGUUUUGGGAUACAAGGUCAAGCUUGUUCCUGUGCCAUCGAUCGUUACGGUUUUUAGAGUGGAGCAGUAUAUGGAUUCAGGAGCUGUGGAUAUGGUUUAUAAAUGGCAAUCGGUUGGUCCGAAAACCGACCGGAAUCUGUUUAUGAGAAUGUUGAUUCAACCAGUUACGAGGAAGAAGGUGAAGACUGUGAGAGCUUCUGUGGUUGCUCUGUUUCUAGGCAGAGCAGAUACAGUUGUUGCUUUGCUUCGUAAGGAGUUUCCUGAAUUGGGUUUAACGAAAGAGAAUUGUUCGGAGAUGACUUGGUUUCAGUCUGCUUUAUGGUGGGAUAAUCGUGUUAACGCUACUCAGGAAGAUCCUAAAGUGUUUCUUGAUCGGAAUCUUGAUACAGCGAGUUUCGGGAAGAGGAAAUCGGACUAUGUCGCGACUGCGAUUCCUAGGAAAGGUAUUGAGUCUUUGUUCAAGAAGAUGAUUGAGUUGGGGAAAAUCGGGCUGGUUUUCAACCCGUAUGGAGGGAAAAUGGCGGAGGUUGCGGUUAACGCGACGCCGUUUCCACAUCGAAACAAGCUUUUCAAGAUUCAGUACUCUGUGAACUGGAAAGAAAACUCUGCAGAGAUAGAGAAGGGGUACUUGAAUCAGGCUAAAGUGCUUUACAGUUUCAUGACUGGGUUUGUGAGCAAGAACCCUAGGAGUGCGUACUUCAAUUACCGGGAUGUGGAUAUCGGUGUGAAUGAUCAUGGGGUGAAUAGUUACAAGGAAGGAGAGGUGUAUGGAAGGAAGUAUUUCGGAGAGAAUUUCGAUCGAUUAGUAAAGAUCAAAACCGCGGUUGAUCCCGGGAAUUUCUUCAGGAAUGAACAGAGUAUACCUACCUUGAAAAAUGCAAAGGGAACGUUGUUGCCUGAGCCGGGAAAGGCGAAACGGUGGUCACGAGCUGGAGGAGCCACCGUAGUUGCGACGGUGGUCUUACAUGUCUUCUAGAAUCUUGAGAUUGUUUUCUGUUUUGUUUUGAAUUGUUGAGUGAUGAUAUCUCUUCAUAAGAUGAACAGAGCCUCACUCUUUCAGAUCUUUCUAAGUUAUCUGAAGUAGUUGCAAGUGUUUUUAAAGGUUGAGAUUUGCAUUAGAAA